GAACGCGACCGCGGCGCAGAACACGACCGCGAUCCGAUGGAGCUGGCCGUGACGAACGCGACCGCGUCGUCGUCGCCCGCGACGCUGGUGCUUCCGGUCCAGGCCGGCAGCCGAUUGCAGAAUCCGGGCGUGCAAUUGGGUGUUACCGGGCUGUACGGGUUCGGGAUAUUCGGCAACCUGCUGGCGCUUUUCAUACUGCACCGGACCCGGUCGAGCAGCAACCAGAAGCACGGGUUCAUGUUGCGGUGCUUGGCCACCAACGAUUGCAUCGCGCUCGCUGGCAUGUUGAUCCAGAUGUUCGUGAGCGUCCAAUGGCCGAGCACCAAGAACAACGUGUGGUCGUGCCGGAUCCGCGUCCUGUGGCGGUUCUUCGGGCUGGGCUCGGGGUGCGUGGCCAUCGUGAUGGCCGUCGAACGCUGGCUGGCGCUCACCAAACCGUUUUUUUACCAAAAGCAUAUUAGCCUUCGUCUACUCAAACGAAUGAUGGUCAUACUUUGGUUAGGAGUACUGUGUUUAGUGUGCGCACCAUACUUUGGAUUUGGUCUCUACUGGGAUGAGAAAUCGUCGACGUGUGUGCGUUACCGGAAUGCCAAGAAGCCUUUGGAUGUGCUAUACGCUUACUUAUAUUUCGGUCAUGGUGUAUUUUUAUGCUUUGCAAUAGUCUACACGAACUUAGCCGUAAUGAAAGCUCUGUGCAUGAAGGACAGUCCUCACAACAAGCACAACGUGUUAAUGAGACGCAUCAGUCGAGGAUCGUCAUUGACUUGCAACGCUGCUACCAAAGAAGAAAGAGCGUUCGGCUGGCUCAUGUUUUUGCUGUGUGUCGCGUUUGUUAUAUGUUGGGUUCCGCAAAUGAUAUCGAUACCGUUAUCCAGGUUCAUCGAUGAUGAGACAAAGAUUCGACCGUUCACCAUGGCUGCAGACAUGCUUUUGGCUAUGCACUUCACACUGGACCCGUACCUGUACGUGCUCCAGCACUGGACGUUAGUAAAGUCUAUCUGCUUGCGACCGAAGAACAAAAAAAAUGCCAACGGUGGCAGCACGAGCGUGAGUCGCAGCAGUUCCAUGAGAACAACGUACGAAGUAUUCUCGCAGCAGCCGCUCUGAUUGCGAUAUACGACGGCUGAAGUCUACUGCUGCACGCGUGUGUUUGGGCAUGACCGUAUAAUAAUAUACAAUUAUAAUAUAUAUACCAUCAUAUUGUGUUACGAUGAUAUUUUAUUAUUAUUUUUCAUUUUUGGAAAACUACCAGCGAAUGUGCCAGUGAUAAUUGUCCAAUAUAUGUAUAUAUACAUUAUACAUGCAUAGUAAUAAAUAGGUAUAUACAUAUCAUAUCUACUCCCAGACCCGACGGCGGGAAGGAACGAAAUUACAUAUACUAUAAAUGGGUUAGUCGUGCAAAAAAACUUUAAAAUUUAAAAACAGUAACACACCUGUACCUAUACUAUUUAUUCAUUUUUUUCGUAGAAAUUAUUAUUAUAAGCGUGAGGUAAACGCGCAAUUGUUCUUGUUUUAGGUUUGUUUGUAGCUAACUUAUACACAUUUUUUUUCAAGUGCGAAAACUAAGUGGAAAUUCAUAAAGAUAUAAACUUAUUUUCUUUUAACACUAAUUAUUAUAUACUGAUAAUAUUUAUAUCGUUAAUUCGUGAAAUCCGAAAUGAUAAAUGUAUUUAAGAAAUUUUUCGACACCUGUAUUAUAGGUACCUUCUGUCAAAAAAAAAAGAUUUUUAUAAAGGCUUUUAAGCUGUUAUUAAAUGUGCAUAAACAAAUAGAAUUUAAAACAUCUUAUUUUUCUUUGGUACAACGAGAUUCGAUCUGUAGAUAAUGAAAUUAUAUAAUAGGUAUAUUAAUCUAUUAGUAUGAAUGUAUGAUUAUUAUAAUAUGUACAUAGUAUUGCCAUUAUACACAUUAAACAUCUACUCCUGAUAAUUUAAUUUCACAAUCUUAUAAUAUAAAACUAAUACUCAUGUGGUUAAAAAAUACUUAAGUUAUUUUAAUUUACUGUGAAUUAGCGUAUUAUAUGCCAAUGAGAAAACUCGAAUAUUAUAAUUUAAAAAAAAAAUGUUGUUAUUUUUUUGAGAGUUUAGAGUAGAGACAUUUGUACCAAAGACUAAAGCAAAAAUGUAAAAAACAACUAAAUAAUUUUUAACUUCAAGUUUGCAAAUAUUGUGAAAAAAAAAAAAUUUAUACUUGAAGGUUUUAAAUGUAAAAUGUAAUUAUACCUAUACCAAGGUCAAAGGUAUACAUUUGUAUUCAUUGUGUACUAUAAGUUAAAAAAUUUUAGUUAUAUAUGUUAAUUUUUAACUCUAAAUAUAUUUUAAUAUAAAUUAACUUUAUAGCUAAUUUGCCUAUACGAAUACGUAUACAUACCUAUAUUAUAGCCUCUAACUGACAGAAAGUUUGUAGAUGUAUUCGUUUAAGUACGAAAAUUAUAAAAUUUAUAAAUUGUUUUGUUUUUAUGAAUUUCCUAUUUAUUACUUACAAGUUAGAAUAUUGUUUUAAAUGUUGUUUGUGUCAGCGGCACUACUUAAGUUAUCCGUAAUUCAAUUCUCUUUACGUGUUCUAAACUAAAAUAAUUCACGGUUAGUAAAAAUAAAUAAGUAUUCACCCACUCAAAAUAAAUAAUUGAAAUAGAAAUGCAUGUGUGCUUAUAAAAUUAAAUAGUGUUGUCAUUGUUUUAAACCUUUUAAAAUAUAAUCAUUUAUUGCAUAUUGUACCACGCGUUAUAUCAUUUGUUUUUAAUAUGAAAUAGUCGUAAAUACAAUUUACAGUUUUGUUUUUUAAUAAAACAACUAUUAAUUACAACGUAAAAGAAAAAAAAUUAAAUCUAUAAUACAAACAGAUACUAGAAUAUAAAUUAAAUUAUUAUUAUUCAAAAUAUAAAAAAAAAUGGUAUCGAUACAUACAUAGAUCCUAAAUUUUUUUAUUUCGAUGUGAAAAUAAUGUCACUUUUUAACAAUCUAUUUCACGUUUAUAAAAUAAUGUAACUAUAUUAUGGAAUUAACAUACUUAAGUAGUACUAUUACAUCAAGAAAAUCCAUUAUUUAUGGGUAGGUAUUUCUUACUUCAAAUAGAAAAUACCAAAUAAAUUAUUACUUUGAACCAGUUAAAAAAUAAAAUAAAAUAAUAAUAAAUAUAUAAAUGUAAUACAGAUAAUUUUAUUAAUAAAAAAAAAAAAUGAAAAUUUCUUUUCAAAAUUGUAUAUUAUGACUAGUACAUUUUGCACCCUCGUUGGCCUUAUUAAUAAUCGUAGGUACAUUUUAUGACUUACUUUAUAUAUUAUAACGUCAUUAUUCUUUUAGGCAUGCUCUUAUUACAAUAUGUUUAUUUUAUCCAGUAUUAUUCUUGGCAAUUUAUUUCCUUCAUAAUAUUAUGUUUAAUUUUUUUUAUUUAUAUAUUUUGCUUUUCAAGCCUUAUAGGUUUUCUACUUAUUAAUGUUAUGUUAUUUAAAUAUUUUGUUUGCUUUAUUAAUUAUUAUUUAUAUUAUAUGUAUGUUCUAAAUAAAAUUGUAAUUAUUAUGAAUGUCUUUUAUUAUUAUUUUAUCAUAAUAUCAUACAUGUGAUUUUAUUUAUUUAUUUUUUAAUAUAACAAAAAAAUAAUAUGAAUUAUUUUUUAAAUUAUAGAUUAGCCACAAUUUUGUGUCUAUAUGCAUUACUAUUAAAAUAAACUAAAGCAAAUCAUUUUAAAUUGAA